AUGUUGGACUCGAUUGCAGGCCAGUUCCCAUACCAGGUGUCACUACAGUAUUACUCCGGCGGCUGGAUACACUACUGCGGCGGGACCAUCCUGGACGAGAACCACGUGCUCACCGCUGGUCAAUGCCACCCUGUCCCCGGGGAUUUGGCUGUCGCUGGUAUCACCGACCUCCUGUCUCCAGGAUUCGAAGUUCAAGCGAGGACCAUUACCCGGGUUGUCCCGCAUCCAGAAUACUUUGGGUCUGUCACGUUUCUCUCUUUUCAGACGCUUUAAGCUGGAUGUCUUGCGUCAA